CUAUAAAUAAAGCAACUGGUCUUUCCUUUUCGAGUGGUUUUCCAUUAAGCAAUUCUGUGUGCUUUCAUUUUCUUCUUUUGUUCUGUCUCUGUGAGUUGAAAUGACUGCCGACAAAGAACCUGAGGUUGCGGCUGUCGUUGAGCAGCCGCCUUUGACGGAGGAGGAGGCCAAGCCGACGGAGAAGCCAGUGAAGGAGAAGAAGCCUAAACAGCCCAAAACUGCUUCUCAUCCUCCAUAUUUUCAGAUGAUCAAAGAGGCUCUGUUGGCCUUAAACGAGAAGAGUGGAUCGAGUCCGUACGCCAUAGGUAAGUACAUGGAAGAGAAGCACAAGGCAGUCCUUCCUGCAAAUUUCAAGAAAAUUCUAGCUUUACAAUUGAAGAACUCUGCUGCCAGAGGAAAUCUGAUCAAGAUCAAAGCCUCUUAUAAGCUAUCAGAGGCAGGCAAGAAAGAGAACAGCACAGCAAAGGUCCCAAAGGAAAAGGCUAACAGAGCAAAGAAACCUAAAGAAGCCAAAACAAUAGCUGGUCCCACCACUAGAAAGACAAGAUCUGCGAACAAAACUGAAGCUGCGAAGAAGCCAGCAGCGAAGAGAGUGGGAGCAAAGAAGGCAAAAAAAUCAACCACUGCAAAACCCAAACAGCCCAAGUCAAUCAAAUCCCCUGCUGCCAAGAGAAUCAAGAAAACUGCAAUAGCUGCUUCUGCUUCUUAGAUGUAAACAAAAUUAGGGAGUGACGAUGAUAAUAAUUAGUGUUAGGGUUGUGUCGUCUUCCGUAAAUAAGGGAUAUGUACGUGUGUGUUUAUAAUCUGUGCAAAAAAAUUAGGGUGCUUUGUGUGAAAGCUGAGUCUGUUGUGCCACGUGGAGCCUCCUCGUUGUGUUUGCGCACGCAGUUCGCAAUCUGUGAUUAUGAUCAUGAUAUCAGGAUUUUUGCAUCUAUGGCAAGAAUUUCUCCUGUUUUGCCUGUUA